GCAUAAGCUGGCCGAAAAAAAAAAAAUUCGAGGAGGGCUGCAGGUCACCGACAUAAGGCAUUUUCGUCCUAGUACGGCAUGGUUGCGUUCCCCCCCAAUCAGUCGGGGUCACCUGGCAGCAGGUGGGCACGGCGCCUCAACCUGCUUUCUUCCUUCUCCUCUUACUCUGAAACAACAUCAUUCUUUGUCGCUGCGGCUCUCUGUCGAUGAUCGGAUCUCCUUGUCGUGCCCCCCAAACCAGUCAUCUGGUGAUCGAACUUUAGUCCUGCUCGCUCUUAUGUCCGUGGCCUGCCAUCCCGGUUUUCCCCAUGUCACAUCCGCUGGUGGCAGCCGUGUGGGAACAGCUGGGCCGCCGUGAUCUCGCCCACAUCCUACGUGAAAUCAUCGGAGAGCAUGCGCUGGACAUCGCGCUCUACCAACAAGAUGCCAAGGCAUCGGUUGAGCCUCUCACUCGGUCCGUCUUCUGGAUCAAGACCAUCUUCGACGCCCAGCGAACCUAUCUCCAGGGUUUGAGCCAUGUUCGCGACUGUCAUCCUUACUUCCUACCCUAUCUUCUCCCCACGGAGACGAUCUUCUCGGCUUUGAUGUACCUGGUUAAAGUCAAGGUCGAGCUCUUUCCCUCCCAUAAAACGACCGAUGGCGACUUUAUUCGAUACAGGCUUCUCAUCGCGCAUACGCUACUCACGGGUAUUCGAGUGCUCCUGCUGCGCGGGGAGGCGAUUGAUACCGACCGGAAGUUCCAGUUUGAGCGAGCCAUGAGAGCGGCAUGGAGGAACCCGGACCUUUCAAAUGUCGAGCGCUUCCUGAUUAGUGAUUUCCUGCCCAAGGCCCUAACUAGUAUUGGAUCCCCAGAUCUGUCAACGAGCCAGGCCUUCCUGUUGGACUGUGGAAAGCCCUAUCUUCCUCCGUUCGCAACGGGUCUUUAUCCACUUUCGGGCGCCCCAGAGAGACUUAUCACUGAUCUUCUGACGAACGUAAUGAAAAACGGUGCGGAUCAGUUGGUGUCCUUCUGUCUUCUAUACGAUAUGCUUUGGGCGGUGGACUCCGCAAUCAUCCAGUGUCAUAUCGAUCGCCGUCGAAUAUCUCAAGAACAGGGCUACACCAGUCCAGCAGCAUACAAAGUUGACGAAUCCUUUAAUCAAGCACAGGAAAUCAAGAAGAAGCUCACGAGGACGGUCCUGGCUGCCUUCGAUGAUGAAUUCAACACCGCGCCUCUUCGCAUUUUCGCAACGAUCAUCUUGAGUCAGACUGCCGACGAACACCCGCCACUACAGACCCGGAGGAUUCGGGAUACCUGGCACCAAAUGUCUCCCAUACGGACCUCUUGGGAGAAAGCUUCAGGGCAGUUCGUGCGGUGGCUUAUCAAUCGCAGAGUACAAAUGUGGGACUGCAACGGGGAAUUAGAAGCCUUUUCCCAUGAUUACCAACAACACCUCACGCAGUGGUUACAGAGCUCUUCUGCUGCCGAAGCGGAUCCGAAACCUCAACCAAAGACUUCCCGUGUCAGCGCUGUCUACGUCGUCAACUGUCCUGCGGUGCAUCCGGUACCUGGGCCACUACUGGAGGAGAGCCUAAAGGCCCAUGACAAAAGUGCUUACGAGCAAUUACAAGGAAGCCCCGAGUUUCUGACGAUGGACAUCGACUGUCCCCUAUGUCCAGGCAAUAAGAGGGUUCAGCAUGCUCGGAUGAUCGAGCCCCUAGAGCAAUUAUCAGAUGCCCUGCAUUUCUUCUCGGACUCGGAGGCAGAGCGGCGCCAUUCUCUUCUUGACUCAACCUCGAGGGACACCACGUCCUGUUCUAGCUCCCUCAGUCACUCCACCAGUCAGUCCUCGCGGCUCGAGUCCGACCCGGCAAAACGCCCGAUUUCACCUGCCUCGAACCCAGCCCCGUUGUCGAAGGUGACGAGCAAGCAGGCUAUUGCCACCACCACCGAAGUCUUCAGCCCGGUCCUAUCACGAAGUAGGACGGACCAGUCGUUUGACAGGCAAGCAAUUAAAACCCUUUCCCGCGACCUCAGAAAUGUCAAGCUGCCUUUUGGGGGUGGGGCAUCGCUCUUCAGGAGAAACUCGGCCAGAGGACAUCAGUUACCUCGUCAACCCCGGUUCUGCUUCUCGACCUCGGGAAGCUGCCUGCUGUUCUGGGGCGCAGGCAGCAACUGGGUGAUGAGGUUCGAAACCAGCGUAGGGGAUGGUAAAAAGCCCAAGGGUCAUAAAUAUGAUAUUCCUGGCGUACAACAAGCCGCGGCAGGAGAUCAGCGAUGCGCCGUCCUGGCUUCUGUUGGACAACACUACGAGCUCGUCGUGUUUGAGAACGACAGCGACGUUCCCCAAGCUUACCUCACCAUCGAAACGGAAAACCAGACCUUCCCCGUUACCUGCAUGGUAAUGUCACGUAACGAUCGAUAUGUCGCGUUUACCCUCCAAGACCAAGUUCGAGUAUACGAGAUAUGCACGCGGACUAUCCAGAGAGUCUCACUCGGUAGUGGCAUGGAUCGGUCGUCGGACUUUGGUCACCGGUCUGUGAUGGGCGCGUCUCCCAAUGCCAAGGGGACGGCAUAUCAGGGAAAGAGACAGGAAGCUAUCAUCGAGAGGAAGUUGCAAUUUUCUCCAGAUGGGAAACACUUUGCCAUUGCCACCCAUCUUGGAGACCAUUAUGCCUACGUCGACGUGUGGAACUGCACCUUUCAGCAAUGGAGCAUUGUCCCUGACAAGUCCAAGUCGUUCAAGCUUCCAUCGUGGACCAGCAACGACGGGGACUUUACGGGGGUAUUCUACGAUGGUACACAGCAUGCGGUUCUCCUUACGGCCUUCUUUGCGAAAGAAUACCCCGCGUUUUUCUCGAUGUUGGACGACAAGACAACGAAUGAUUCCUUUAGUACGCGAGUGGUGCACGCGGCGCAGUCACCCUCCGGGACGCGAUUCAUUAUAGCGAACGGGAUGUGCGAGGUAUACGUGGGGGAUUCCAAGGCCAACGGGCGUCUUCAGCUCUCGCGGGUGAGGAAGGCUUCAUCCAAGAUUAGCCCAUCUGUCUUCCGACCGGGACAACUGGCAUUGUCCUUCCCUCAGGAAACCGAGGUCCUUGCCUUCUGGGUAAAGGCAGGCAAAUUGGUGCUGAGGUCGGUGCGCAUGCAAGACGGCAUUGAGACGACCAGCGACUGCGAUCUGCGAUCCGAUUUCGACCGACUAGUAGUCGAACGGCCACUGGCAGCUGAUUUCCAUAGCCAACGUCGACGGCAUUCGUUGCUCUCGACCGAACUUCUGGCAGAGAUCGAUGGCCUUCCCUCUCUUCCGCGACCCGAUUUGCCGGAGCUAUCGUCGACGUGAUUCUUGAAGGGAAGGUGGAUGUGGAGUCUGGCGGCUGACAUUGGGCGUUGGCGCUUUGGAAUAAAAGGCUGCAAUGCAUUCUGGCUGUAUGUGUGAUGAGAUACUAUAUAUUCUGAUUUAAUGUGC